AUGAUUAUUGUAGAUGCCGGGAGAGCUCUGGAGCUUCUGGAGCAGUACUAUGAAAAGUUAAAUAAACCGCAGGACCGUGCUCUACGUACAGCCAUAGAAAGAGUUAUUCGAAUCUUUCAAAGUCAUCUAUUCUUGGCUCUGUUAGGUAAGCCUGGUAUUUCCUUGACCCACAUUUACUGAGAUUUAUUUUUUAAUAUCUUUCAAAGAAGAAAAAGUUAGACUUGCCCUCGAUUAUAAUUCCAAGGUAACUGUGUAAUCUCAAAUAGUGGAUUAAGCUACCAGACAAGAAACUGUCUAAUACGCGUUUGCAAUACUUUUGGUGGGCUCCUCGCUGUUUUGUUGUGAGCCAUAACAAUUCUACGCUGUCAUUAAAAUUCAGAUAUUCAAGAGUUUUACGAAACAACGUUGUUGGAUGAUUCAAAAACACCCGAACAGAAGGCUGAGGAGACCGAAGAAGCCGUGCAGAGGUGGGAAAAUAAUUCGCCGGCCCAAUACCCGCCGAGCUACGCAGACUUUGAUAAGGUGAAUGACUUUGUUCAUGUUUUUAAACCUCUUUAAUACGGACCACGGUCAUAUUUCCCCGAUAGUAAAAGAAAUCUGGAGGCAGAGUUUUGGCUAAAAUUAUGAACUUCUUAUCAUUAAUUUUUUGAAGGUUAUUUCGUAAUUAGUUUACAGCAAGUAAUCGCUUUUUCAGUCGGUUGUCAUCACUUCUUGUGUAUGAAAUAUUUCCUAUGAGGUAUUUGUAGAAGCCAUUGAUCACUUCGCGUGUUUCUAGAUCGCAAAUAUUGGCCUAGAGUUGAAGGUUUAUAUUAUGACUUUAUAAGGUUUUGGGGAUUUUAAAAACUGUCUUCUUUGUGUACGAAAUUGUUCAUUCAUUCGGGUUAUCAGAAACUAAUUUUAUCAGCUGGCCCCGAAAUUCACACAGGUUUAUCAAAGGUGGUAAUUGCAUACAACGACUUCUCUAAUAUACCUGUGAAGAUUUAGACUGACCACUGAGACGGAAUCAUUUAUUAUUUCCCUAUAAAAAAAAUUGAAAAAUUUAAUUUGCUUAUCUCACAAACAGUCGUAAACUUUUUCUGCAUUAAGUGUUUUUUGUUGGACAAAUGUUUUUGCAAAUUUCCUUGUUAAUGCACUGUUUUGUUUUGGUAAAAGACAGAUUGUCAUUGUGUACGGAAAUUGCAUACACCUUUUUCACAAAUACAAACACAAAAAUUAAAAAGGAUUCAGACUGAAAGCUAAAAUGCAUAAAGCUUUAAAAAGUUUUUUACUUUUUUAACACAAAUGAUGUUCAAUGUUUUGUAUGGCAAAAAAUUUCAAUAUCUUUAACCGUUUUCUGUUAAGGUUGGAUAGUACUUGAGAUAUUACAAAUGUGACUUUGUAGCCCCAUCCCAAUGUAUCCGUGAUUAUUUUGGAAAACUAUAUUUUUCCUUUGUGGAUUGGCUUUCUGCCUGCACCUAUCUGACGGGAACAUUCACCAAAUCCUCAUCUUUUCAAAAGCACUAUCAAGAGUGGAAAUUUUUGAAAGUGCUGUUUUUCCCAUACUCAAUUGGAGGGUUAAGAACGGAAAUUUUCUAAAUUGAUUGUGUCACGGUAGCUGAUGUUGCACGAGAUAAGAAUGUUUCACUAGUACCUUGCCUUUUUUGUCUUUGAACAUUUAUCAUUAGUUAAUUUUAACUUUUAGGUAAAGAUAUUUCAAAAUAUGACUUAAUCAGUAGGGCUACUUUUACUAUGCCUAGGCUCUUAGUUUUAUGUAUCGCUAUAUUUCUUAAGAAUUUACAUGAAGCGCAAUUGACCAUGCAUAUGGAAAUUGCACUAUAUUAUUAUGACCGGUCUCGAAAAUCAAAGCCUUAUUAAACAAAUCAACAGAGCUCCGUAAGCAAGAACUCGAAGAGUCUAAGGAAAACCAUUUUAUCAAAGUACUUGUCGCAACAACCUUGUUACAACAUUGAUUUCAGAGAGGGAGAAUCUCAGAAUGACUGAGGGCUAUUAUUUAAAAAGUUGUACCUGUUUUCAGACCAAAAUGGAUAUUUGUGGAUUUGUGAAAAAGAUUAAAAAAUUUAUGAGUGACCACAAUUUUUUUUGAAAUUGAAAACAAAAAUUCUGUUGAGUGGAUGCUUGUGGUCGGUGCUUUUGUGUACACACAAGUUUGGGUAAUAUUUUAACCAUGAAAAAUUAAACCAGUCAUUGGAUAUUUCAAAACAUACUUUUAAACAGAAAUAUUUCCAGUUUUAGCACAGCAAAGUACCGUAUUUACUCAAUUAAACACCGCCCUUGCAUAAGCGCUGCAUUUGGGAGAAAAGAGUUAAUAAGUGCAACUCCCAAAUAAGUGCUGUGGCCCAGAUAUAAUCAAAAUCAAAAGACGUUAAUUCUGUUAUUUUAAUACAGAAAAUAGUAAUGGGGUAUUUCUAACCUUUUUCUUUUUGUCGCGUCCAACUUUUAAAUAAACGCUGCACUCAGAUAAGUGCCACACUUCAUGGGUGAAAAAUUUAAUUUUAUUAUGGUAUGUUGCAACUAUUUUUUUCUUUGCCAUUUUAUUCUGAAGCUCUGUAACAUUAAGGUAAAACAUACAGUGGAUUAUCUCAAAAGUGUCUUUGGUUUUUCUCACUUUACUAAUGAGGAUUUAGGCAAAUAUUUACUCCAAGGAAAAUGACUCCUCUACUAGGAUAUUGUUGGCGUGACUCAUGAAAGUAUUGCAUAACUAAUUUAUUUAAUGCCUCUAUACCUUUGGUACCACUGAAAAUCUUCUGAAGAUUUGCUCCAGUCAGUUACUGUUCAAAGGCACAUGAAAGUGUUUGUAAAUUUCUGUUUUUUUUCAAGGUUUUUUUAACAUUCUCAACAGUUUGCCAAAAUGCUGUGUACAUCUCCAGUGAUUGUCUUGACCUCAUUGCAAUAUUAUUAAUUUGAUUGUCCUUUUGACCAAAUACUGAGUCUCAAAUUUAGACAGACAUGCUAACAUAGUCAGUUGACUGGGGUUCAUACAGUUCAUGGAAAAUCUAGAAACUCAUGGGAUUUAAGAAUUUCAUUUUCCAGGCCUGGCAAGUUAUGGCACCUCUGUAAUUAGCAGAUUAGCAGCUCUGUCAAAAUAUUUUACAACAGAGGAGAGAUGUGUGACAUCAGAAACAUUAAAAAAAAUAUUGCAAAAACAUUAAAAAUGUGGGAUUGGGUAGCAUAUUCAGAAAGAACAAGAUGAAAAAAAACCCUUGUCAAAAAUCAGCUUGUUAGACUGUGCAAAUUGGUGGGUAGGUGUAGGCACGAGUUUGCUCUGAUGUCUCCAUUCAAAUCUUUCUAAAAUUGGCUUGGAUCGUAAUGUUAAUGAUCCAGAAAGAACAAGAUGAAAAAAAAACCCAGCCCAAAAUCAGCUUGUUAGUGCAAAUUGGUGGGUAGGUAUAGGUGUUGUAGUUCUAUUUUAUCCUUGGUUCAAAUUUUCUUUUCUUUUGUUUCAAACUAAUUAUCAUGUUAUUAUCAUACAUUAUCAUACCCAAAAACAAAAGAAAGGAAAAUUUGAACCAAGGAUAAAGUUGAACCACAACAUAGGCACCUGAGUUUGCUCUGAUGUCUCCGAUCAAAUCCUUUUAAAAUUGGCUUGAAUUGUAACGUUUAUGAUCCAGGCCUAUUUUAGAGGGACAGAUAUGGAGUUGUUGGAGCAAAACUUUGCAGUAUCUCCUCACCAAUUUGCAACAACAGGCUGAUUUUUGGCAAAGGGGCAUUUUUCAUCUGCUUUCUUAAUAUGCUAAAUAAUCUGUCUAAUUCAAAAAUUUAGUUUUUGUGACGUCGUCACCUCUCUUUGCUAUAGUAGGCAGGAUAACCAGAUUAACAAACCCCUACAGAUCCUCAGAAAAGUAUGUACCUUGUUAUCUUACUUUGCAGCCUAGUUGACUGUAUAUAUACCUUUUUUUGUUUACAGAGUCAAGUUAAUGGAGAGGCAGUACCAAAACCCACCAUACCUUCAAGCUUUGUUCAAAGUGUUCAAAAAGAAAGUUUUCAGGUUGGUAAACUACCUUUAGUCUUAACUCAGAGCUUUUGAUAUUAUGCAAGGUGCGAGUUUGACUUAUGUUACUUUUAAGGAACGGUCGCUAUAUAGAGGAAAACAAGUAAAUGCGCAAGCAAAAUGUUGUGUUAAAUACAACGAAAGGAAUAAUGCCGUAUUCAACAACAAAAAAUGAAAAAGUGCAAAUACUGUUCAUCUCUGGAUGCAUCUUUUAGCCAGAAAAAAUGAACAUCACAGACAGGAUGUUUUUUUAGUAAUUUUUUGGAUUUUAGCCAAUGUACCCUUAGAUUCAAAUGAGAAUAAUACAGAAAUAAGUAAAAAGGGUCAAUGAUUUUUUUUCUACAUUCUACAUCUGGCAUAUAUAAUCGUCAUGUUGUCCACAGACUCGCCACUCUCCUUGUGCAAGCAGUUGGUUUUUUCUCUUUAAAGCAACGUUCCCCUAAUAGUCAUGAAAGCUGCAAUUUCACACUGUCUAAUUCAGUGCUCCAAGUUCAACCUUUUUCAAAGUUGCCUUUUGGCAACCUAAAACAAAUUGGUUGCCAGUUACAAAUAUUGGCGGUCAGGAAAAAAGGGCACUUCUUGAAAUAUCAUUUGGAAGGCACAUUGACAUCUCAAGGUUUCAUACCCCGACAAAUUAGGAUAAAAGAAACAAUACAAUAACUCAUUGUUAUUAUUACAAAGAUAAUGGAGGGCAAAUAAUAUUUCCUGCAAAUGUUUAUCUCACUUUAGCUUAGCUUAUGGCUCAGCCCAUGACCACCGAACACAGGUGCUGUAUUUAUGGUGUCCUCUGCUGUGAUUUUACUUAUCAAAAUUGUCUCUACUAGCAUGGCAACCAAAAUGGUCUCGCACUGAUAAUCAUCUCUUUUGGCCAGUUUAGCGUAUAUUCCUCAUUCCAGCUCUUUCUGCUGUCCUUCAUCUUGUCGUUUUUGCUUUGGCCUAAGGGUGUCAUGUUUUUCUUGCCUAGGCAAGGUACUACUGAAGCCUACGUCACAAACGUAAUUUAAAUGAAGUUGAAUAAAAUUGUUUACUUAACACAAUUAACAACAAGGAGUGUGGGUGUGGUCAGUGGUCAGUUUUUUGGCUCAAGCGUGGUCAGCCUUGCUUGCAUCGCCUCCAUGUGCUCACUUCCUGGCGGCCACUCUCUUGGUUUAGUCUUUGGAUCAUUCGUUUACUCCCAUCCCUUCAUAUUCUUCCACUGAUAAAUCAGUGCGGCAUGUGCCUGGUUCCAUUGGGGUGGGGGCUCAUGGCUGAAGUGUGCGGGUUUGCCAGUCAUGGGGGCAUAACUCUGUCUAGGGGUUGGCUGUGUCAAAGGUGGAAGCCCCUGGACAUCCCGGGCACCCACCUCCACUAAGUGUGCAGUUGUUAACCUCGGUUAGUAACGUGUUACAUCUGCAAAGCAGCGCCAAAAAAAUUAAUGGUAGUUCGUCUUGAAUUUCCUUUCAUCUUGAUGGGACUUCUUUCGAGCCAUGGUGGGUGAUUGGCCCCACUUAACCCCCAAUCUGGAGGGCCACUUGCUGUUCUUUGUGUGAUUUCCAGCCCUCGACGAUGGUUAGAGCUGCUGGGGAGUAGGGAUCAGAGUUUUAGCCAUCGCAGCUCUUACAGUUAUGGAGACGCUCAUUGCCUGGCCAAGUAAUACUUCAAUAAAAUAUUAUUUUACUUUUGGAACAUAAUGAAAAAAUAGUCCUCUAAUGGGACAAAUGCUUACUGGCAAAGAAUAGUCUGUACUUGAACCAUGCAAAAAAAGAAAAAAAGGUAUUCUUUAUUCAAUACGUCAGAAAAAAAUAUGGUUGAUGCAGGAUAUAGAACCUGGAAACGCUGCUCCGAUGAUUUCUAAUGAGGACUUUUUUUUUCCAAAGGAAAAAUUAAAAUUGUUUAAUAGUUUGACCUUUGAUUUUUAUUGGCUACAUUCUAUGCAUUAACAUAGUAUUUCGAUAAUAAAAAAAGAGCCCACAUCUUAUGUUUGCCGUAUUUAUCGGUGGAAAACAUAUGAACAAGAUAGAUACUGUACCAUGGCCUGACACACCUUGACAAGUGGCAAUGAACCGAAAGUCCAUCAGAAACCACAUGCUGGCAAAACAACAUUCACCCUGUGUAGCGACUUCCAGCACAUACUUUUUCAAAAACAUGAUACGAGUCUGGUUUGGUGGCCACAGGUAAAGUUUUAAACUUUUAGAGAUGUGGUCCAGGAACUAGAGCAGGAAACUUCUUGCCAAGGUUAAGCAUGCAAAUGUCAUAACAGAACUACCAUGAUAAGAUGAAAUGUUAAAAAUGAAGUGUUUCAAAUUUAUGCAAAUAUGUGACAUUUAAAUUGUUGAAUGUUUACAUAUUAAAAGUGACAGUUUCGUAUUUGCAAUUUCCCACGUGCGAUUUUCAAUAUUUUAUAGCACCAGCAAUUCAAAAAUAUUCAUCGCUACUAAAACUCAAACAAGACAGCAAGCAAAAAUAAAUGGAUGGAAAUAGCAAAGAAGUUUAUCUGGCUAAACCAAUUCAAUUAUUAUCGAUCGUAGUCAAAAGAAAGUACAUUUUCCGUCAUAUGAUACUUAAAAGGUCAUUUCUCACGAACGCAAACACCCAACGUUUUUAAAAUAGCUUAAUAUCCUAUUCAAUUUUUUCAAAAAGCCUUAAGAAGAAUCACCACAUCCUCACUACUUGUAUAGGAAAUGUAUAAGGGCAACAAAUGAGAAUUUAUACUUUGAUAAUAGAAAUGACCUUACGAAGGACAUUUGGAUAUGCUGACACCCUAACAGAGAAGCUGACAUAGUAGCUUACUGGCUAUAAGCACAAAAAUGACACAGGUACCAUGUGCAAAAUACUCAGAUGAAGCUGUUUUAUUACAAUAGCUUGAAUUUAUUUGAGAAAAUCCAAGAAAAGCAGAGAUUUUCUUGUUUGAAAACCAUCCCAGAUUUUGCCAAUUAAUGAAAACUUGAAAGUAGACAUCCUUGAUCCUGGGGUUUAACACUAACUGUCCAUUUAGGAAAGAAUAUUUCAAAAAUACCUUCCACUUCAAAAUUUUACUUUCCAAAAUGAGUCUCAGAAUCAUUUUAGUCACUACUAUAACCAUAAUAGUAUUAAAAACGUUUUUUCCACCAUGUCUCAGAGUAUUUGAAUUUCGUGUAAUUAAAAAUACUUAGUCCAAGCCCAUUUUCCUUUCACCUCUUUUUAGAUGUUACAGUGCCUAUGAAUUUGCUUCAGUCUGGUUUUAUUGGAUUUAUCGUACUCUUUAUCUUUUUCUGGUUGGUUGUUGCCACUAUGCACUGAUAUAUCUUGUGAAACCAAACCGAAUUAAAAAGACUUGUUCUUAAAUCGUUUUGUUGGUUAUGGAGGAUUCAGUUACAGUCGACUCUCUCUUAACGGACACCUCUAUAAGACGGACACCUCCCUAAAACGGACACCUAGAGUUGGUCCCUGCCUUUCUUUACUCCCUUUAUUUGACUUGCUAUAAGACGGACAUCUCUCUAAGACGGACACUUACUGCCGGUCCCAAAGGUGUCUGUCUUAGAGGGAGUUGACUGUAUAGGACAUAUUUUUGUUGUUACCAUACCCCUCGUUCCAUCCUCCAGUAAUGCAGAAAAUGCAAGAAUUCAUUGGGAAAUUUGCCACCAUCAAAGUCAGAGAAUUCAGUUUUCUUGGAAGCAGUUGACUAAAUGACUUCAUGUCCUACUGUUUUGUGUCCUUAAUCUACAAAUAAGGAAAUAAAUAAGGUCUUUUAAAAGAUGCUCUCCAUCAAAGCUCAAAAUGUACUUUUUAUAUCAGUUGCUUAUUCGGGAGCAUUUUCAUGUUUUUAUUCUCCAUUGGAAAUUAGUUGAAUGUUAACGUAAAGUCUUAACUUGAGCCCAUUGAUCUGGCAUGGUCAGUGACAAUCCAGGAGAAUCAGGAAUGUUUCUAUUUUUCAAAAUGUCUCAAAUCUGUGCUGUGGUCCAUGAUCAUUAGGGAGUUUAUGCAACUGUGACAACAACGGGAGUUAAAACAUCACUAGUAAAGUGUAUGUCCUUUUUUUAAGUACGUGCAACUAUUCCAACCUGAUUAACGUGGAGUUUUUUUGUGGAGGUUAGAGACCCUUUCAAGCUUAAUCAUAGAAAGAAAAAUUUGUUAUUGUUAGUUUACGUCCUAAGUGAAAUUAGGCAAUUUCAUGUGCUUGCCAUGCAUUGUCAGCUAAAAGAUGUAUGAAAAAUGUGCUGCACAUGCAGGGUUUUGUUUUUCUUGUAAAAGUUAUCGUUUUUUUUUUGCCUCCUCUUUGCCAUCAUCAUUGUGGUUGCAUGAACUCCUUGAUAGGGACCUUACGUUCUGACAAUGGCGAUGCCAGUGAAAACGUUGUUGAAAAAUAGACUUUGUGUCCUUUAAAACUUUUUCGCCCUUAUACCAAGUCACCCAGUUACUUGAAAGGAGGGAAGUUAGGUUGGAACUGAAGAGAGGGAACCGUUUCUGAGUUUAGAGAGAGAAAGAAAAAUUUAUCGCCUUGCCAUUCCCAUUCUCAAGUCCACUCAAAAUUGGGUCAUUUCAUGUUGUAGUUGUGCAGGGAAGGCAAAGAAACGUGCAAAAAAGCAUGAUGCAUGUGCAGUUGUUGUUUUGGUUAUUAAAUUUAUUGCUUUUUUGACAUUCUGGUCGCCAUUGCCAUCGUAGUUUCAUAAGGUCCCUAUUAUCAACAGAUGAAAACUCAAAUUUAUAAUAUUGUCAGGGAUCAACAACUAAUGAACAGUUUUGCUACUUUCCAAUCUCUAUAAUCAAGUCAGGAAGAGACAGUUGUUUUUCAGCAUCCAUAAAAUCAGGAAUGGUUGGGAAAUAUUGAAAUCCUUGAGUGUCCAGGAUUAUGAUUAACAUUGUUUGUAACAAAACUAUUUGUCUUCCAAUUCUCCCUGCAAACAUACUGUUGAUUAAAUAAAUCAGGUCAGCGUGAUUCAUUUAAUCACAAGAAUCACUCAUAUGAUUACAGACAUAAUUGGAGUCCACUUCAGUCCUAUUACCAUGGUAUUAAUAUAAUUACUGCCCAUUAUAUUGAGGCAAUUAAAACCUUCUGUGAGUAGUGUUAUCUUGGUAAUGUAAUGUGAAAUCCUAUAUUUAAAUUUGUAUUUCCUUGUCAACCUUGGUUCGAGAGAUUACAAACAUUGUUUUUUCCCAUCCCCAAGAGCUUUUUCAAGGAAAUGUCUCAAAGCUUGUUACAAGUUAUCAGGUUUACAUGGAAUAUUUGUUUCAAGGCUUAAAUAAAUUUGAGUAUCAAAAUGAUGACAACAAGCCCACAAGUUAAUGUGAAACAGAAAAACCAUUUGGUAUCAGCCCUAUCAGAAAUGUAUUUAUUUAUGGUCCAAGUAGCUUUUCUUGUCUCAAAGCUUAUAGCUUACCUUUUUUACCUCCCUGGUUGGAGGAUAUUCAUUUUCUUUAGCUGCACACCAAACUAAAACUUUCAACUUUUACCAAGGAUUCCAUUUGACUAGAAUAUGUAAAUUUGGUCAAUUUUAUUAUGAUUGUAAUUCAAUUUUCAAGCAAAAUCUACAUGUUGGCAUUAUGUUGUUAUAGCUCCAGGCAUGCUGCAUAUAUUUUUAUUUUCUUUUUUGAUGAUGAAAAUCAAAAACAUUGAUUUAUGAGUGUAAUAAAUCAAGACAGCAUGUCAAAUUGUUUGUUCAAAAAAUCAUUAAUAAUUAACUCUUCUCUGCCUACAUUUUGUGAGCUGUUAGCUUAAAUGAAAAUCAUGCUUGUUUUAUCCCUUGUAUUUCUUUUCAAUUCCUGUCAUUUUCGUUCAUGACAGUGACCGUUUGCUGAGAAUGUUCAAGUUCACCAAGUUUUGUGUCAAGUAGAAAGAAAAUAAUUUUAGUAUUAUGGCAACUUUAAACCUUAAUACCCUCUUUCACAAUAAAAGCAUUUUUUCUGCUUUAUUUAUUAUGUGAAUAAAUUAAAGCAUUUUUGUCUAGUGAGUGAAUCUCUCCAUUUUAGCCUGCUGUAAAUCAUUCUCAAAAAUCUUUUUUUUUCUUAAAAAAAAACAUUUGUAAUAUCAAAUGAGAUUUUUUUCCAUUUUGUGUU